GGUGCCUCAGAGGGUGUUCCUGGUGGAAUGUUCACAUACGGUGGACUGGACAACGUGCACUGCGAGAGUGAUAUCGUAUAUCAGCCACUUUCGGCGGCCCUUUGGUGGGAAUUCACUAUGAAAUCGAUGUCAUUGGGCAGUUAUCGUAGUAAUGCGUCAAGCUAUCAAGUGAUUUCUGAUACCGGGACAUCUUUCAUCGGAGGACCAUCCAAUGUCAUAAAAUCAAUAGCUAGCCAGCUUGGAGCGAAUGUGAGACUUAUGCAGUAUUUAUUUUGCUACAAUAUAGCCGGUUGUCAAAAGCCAGUACUUUUAUCCGGCAGAGGCAAGAUAAUGAAUCGUCUGCUAUCAUGGAUAAAGAGAAAUUUCUGA